ACUUUCAUUAAAAAAGCAAAUGAAAAUGGCAUUUCCUGGACACAUGCUUUAUUCUGCAAGUUUUGAGUCUUUGGACAAAUAAUUAGAAACCAUAUUUGAAAGUGGUUUCAAUCCGGCAACAAAAAUGAGUGCUUUGGAAAACCUUGUGAUAAUUUUCCCAAGCUUUCUGGGUCUGUUUUCUCUGUUAACUCUCAUCAAAAUACUUCACAAACUAUGGUGGACUCCUACACGAAUGCAGUACUUGAUGGGUUCGCGAGGAAUCAAUGGCCCUCCUUACAGAUUCAUGCAUGGAAACACCAAAAAAAUAUUAAGCAUGAAAAGGGAAGCCAUGGAAAAACCUAUAAGUGUAUCCCACAACAUAUUCCCUAAAGUUCUGCCUCAUAUCGAAUCCUGGGUCAGAACAUAUGGAAGGAACUAUGUGCAAUGGUAUGGAGCUGAAGCUCAACUGGUUGUCACGGAACCAGAUUUGAUCAAGGAAAUACUCAAUAAUAAAGAUAAAGCUUUUCCUAAAUUUGAUACCAAUCCCUUGGUGAAGAAGCUAUUAGGAGAUGGACUUGUGACGAGCGAAGGUGAAAGAUGGGCAAAAGUGAGGAAACUUGCCAAUCAUGCCUUUCAUGGAGAGAGCUUGAAAGGUAUGAUUCCUGCAAUGAUAGCUGGUGUUGAGAUUAUGCUGCAAAGGUGGAAAUUACACGAAGGUCAAGAGAUUGACGUAUAUGAAGAAUUCAGAUUGUUGACUUCCGAAGUGAUUUCAAGAACAGCAUUUGGGAACACUUACCAAAAAGGGAAGAACAUUUUCGAUAUGCUUAUGAGGUUGACCUUGUUAACAUCAAAUAAUUCUUACAAACUUAGAUUUCCUGGAAUCGGCAAAUUGUUUAAAACGAAAGACGAGAUUGAAUCAGACAUGCUUGAGAUAGAAAUAUACAACAACAUUAUAGAGAUGAUCGAGGAAAGAAAGGAGAAGGUAAUGAAUGGAGACGAAGACAAUUUUGGAAGCGAUUUUCUUGGAUUACUUUUAAAGGCUCAUCAUGAUGCCAAUGUCAACCAAAGGAUUUCAGUGGACAAUAUAAUUGAUGAGUGCAAAACAUUUUAUUUUGCUGGGCAAGAAACCACUAGCACUUUACUCAGCUGGACUAUCUUUCUUCUAGCAAUCCACACAGAUUGGCAAGAGGAAGUUAGAAAGGAAGUGCUCAAUUUGUUUGGUCACCAAAAUCCAAAUCCUGAUAGCUUAGCAAAACUUAAAAUAAUGAGCAUGGUUUUCAAUGAAACUCUGAGAUUAUAUCCUCCCGCCAUUACAAUGACAAGGAAAGUUGAAAGGGAAGUUAGAGUGGGAAAUCAUAUUCUUCCUGCUAACCUGAAUUUGUAUAUUUCAAUUUUACCACUCCACCAUGACCCUGAAAUUUGGGGAGAAGAUGUGCAUAGCUUCAAACCAGAGAGAUUCUCAGAAGGGGUUGCUCAAGCUACUAAGAAUAACACAGCUGCAUUUUUUCCCUUUGGAAUGGGACCUCGAAAUUGUGUAGGCUCAAACUUUGCCAUCACUGAAUCAAAGAUCGCUCUUUGCAUGAUUCUUCAGCGCUACAGCUUCACUCUUUCCCCAACCUAUGUCCAUAUGCCCUAUCAGCUCAUUACUCUUCGUCCACAGCAUGGAGUUCAAGUCUUACUACAGCCAUUGUGAAAACUAUACUUUGCCUUAAACUUAUGCAGUUGUGCUCUGAUGUUAAUGAAAACUCAACCACUGUUUGGAGCAUGCUACUUCCGGGAUCCUGAUAUGGUACUUUGGAAAGACUGGACUUUAAGCACGUUACAAGAACAAUCCUUAGUCUAUAAUAUAAGCGAGAAAUGGUACGGAGUUUUGCUCUUUUUCACUGUUCAAAAUGGUUCAAAAAUGGCUGUUUGCUGUGCGUUUUGGCUUUGAAUUUAUUUUUUUUUUUUAAUUAAAUCCAUAAAACGAUGUUGUUGUUGUUGUUGUAGUGUAAAAGCCCAAAUCUGUCCUUUGCUCCGUUUUCCAUAUUAUGGUAUACAUUAAGAUAAAAUAGUAAAUUUAUAUUUCAUCAUGGAGAUUUUGGGAAUCCCACGGAUGACGAAUAUGGCUUCUUCUGUAACAUUUCUUUGACAUGAGCAAGAGCUACUCUCAAAGGCAACC